UUCGGCCCCCCCCGGGGUCCCCGCUUCCCCGCCCCCGCCGCCGUUACCGCCUUCCCCCCCUUGCGCGUUGCGGUGGAAGCGGGGCGGGGGGGCGGCCCGGUGGGGAAGGGUUUUAUUUUUUUUCUUCUUUCUUUUCUUUUUCUUUUAUGUAUUUUUUUGUUUUCCCCCCCGGCAUGGCCCCGGUGUGGUGGUUGUUGGGGUCGGUGGUGGCGGUGGUGGCCGGGGGGGGGUCGGUGGAGCAGCCCCCCGCCUCCGAGCCCGCCUGCCCCGUGUGCCUGUGGCGGCGGCAGAGCAAAGAGCUGCGGCUGGAGAGCAUCAAGUCGCAGAUCCUGAGCAAGCUGCGGCUGAAGGAAGCGCCCAACAUCACCCGGGAGGUGGUGAAGCAGCUGCUGCCCAAGGCCCCCCCGCUCCAGCAGCUCCUGGACCUCCACGACUUCCAGGGGGACUCGCUGCAGCACGACGAGUACCUGGAGGAGGACGAGUACCACGCCACCACCGAGACCGUCAUCAGCAUGGCCCAGGAAACGGACCCGGUGGUGCAGAUCGAGGGCAACCCCCAUUGCUGCUUCUUCAACUUCAGCCCCAAGAUCAUGUUCACGAAGGUGGUGAAGGCGCAGCUCUGGGUGUACCUGCGGCCGGUCCAGCACACCCCCACCGUCUACCUGCAGAUCCUGCGCCUGAAGCCCGUCACGGACGAGGGCAGUCGCCACAUCCGCAUCCGCUCCCUCAAGAUCGACCUCAACUCCCGCCUGGGGCACUGGCAGAGCAUCGACUUCAAGCACGUGCUGCAGAACUGGUUCAAGCAGCCGCAGAACAACUGGGGCAUCGAGAUCAACGCCUUCGACCCCAACGGCAACGACCUGGCCGUCACCUCGCUGGGGCCCGGCGCCGAGGGGCUGCACCCCUUCAUGGAGCUGCGGGUCCUGGAGAACAACAAGCGCUCGCGGCGGAACCUGGGGCUGGACUGCGACGAGCACUCGACCGAGUCCCGCUGCUGCCGCUACCCCCUGACCGUCGACUUCGAGGCCUUCGGCUGGGACUGGAUCAUCGCCCCCAAGAGAUACAAAGCCAACUACUGCUCGGGGCAGUGCGAGUACAUGUUCAUGCAGAAGUACCCCCACACCCACCUGGUGCAGCAGGCCAACCCCCGGGGCUCGGCGGGGCCCUGCUGCACCCCCACCAAGAUGUCCCCCAUCAACAUGCUCUACUUCAACGACAAGCAGCAGAUCAUCUACGGGAAGAUCCCCGGCAUGGUGGUUGACAGAUGCGGGUGCUCCUAGAGCCCGGCUGGGGCUGCCCCUCCGCCCCACCACCCCCUCCACCGCCAGCUCCUCGUUUCUUCCUCUGUUUCUUGCUUUUCUUUAAGAUUUCUUUUUUUUUCGGGGGAGAGGAAAAAAAAAAUACAAAGACCAAGCGUUGAAAUUCCUUUGGAUGUUGGAAGAGAGAGAGAGAGAGAGAGAGAGAGAGAGAGAGAAGGAAAUCCCACGGAGAAACGCUGCACCAAACCCGCGAUUCGACAUGCAUUGUGCAAUAAAGCAACCGAACGGAGAAGGGAAGGGGGGGCCGGGACCCCCACACGGUGACACGGUGACACGGUGACAAGGCACCCCCACCCCAGCGGCUCCCCCACCCCAGCUCAGCAGCAACGGGGAGAGGAGGAGGCCGAGGAGACCCCGCGCCCCCUCCUCGCGCUCCUGGAGCAGCAGCGGGAACGGGGCCACCCCUGCCCACCCCGCGGCCGAGGUGACACCCACGGGCAGGUGACCUGGAGGUCCCCGAGCAGCCACGGGGCUCCCGCCGGAGCGAAGACGGCGGGGUCCGGCAGCGGGACCCCCGGGACGGGCGCGCCGGGGCUGUUCCGGCCCGGGAGGAAACCGUCUCCCUUCUUUAAUUUAUUUAUUUAUUAAUCACCCUCCCGGCUGGCGCUCGCCCUGGUCCCUCCCUUCGCAUCCUCAGCCCGGACUGCUCUGGAGGGGCCACCCGGGGACCACCGGCACCCCCAGGCUGGAGGGGACGGAGCUGCCGCCCAAGCUUUGGAUCCAGCCCUGGCACCGGCGCAGGGCACACAGCGCUCUCCCGGGGGGCUCGGGGGGUCUCCGCCGGCGGGAGGGCGUCCAGCAGCCCGGGGUUACCCGGAGGCAGCCCCGGCGGGCUUUGGACGGAGGCUCCGGCCGGGGAGAAAUUCCGCUUACGCGGCGCAUUCGCGUCCCGCCGCCCUCGGCGCUCCGGAGGAUUUUUCACGUGAGAAACGACGAUUCUCCCGCGUUCCCAGAGCCCGGAGGCUCCA